AUGUACAUCAUUACAUCAGCUUCCACCUCCUCUAGACAUCAGGAGGACUUCACUUCCACCUCCUCUAGACUUCAGGAGGACUUCACUUCCACCUCCUCUAGACUUCAGGAGGACUUCACUUCCACCUCCUCUAGACUUCAGGAGGACUUCACUUCCACCUCCUCUAGACUUCAGGAGGACUUCACUUCCACCUCCUCUAGACUUCAGGAGGACUUCACUUCCACCUCCUCUAGACUUCAGGAGGACUUCACUUCCACCUCCUCUAGACUUCAGGACGACUUCACUUCCACCUCCUCUAGACUUCAGGAGGACUUCACUUCCACCUCCUCUAGACUUCAGGAGGACUUCACUUCCACCUCCUCUAGACAUCAGGAGGACUUCACUUCCACCUCCUCUAGACUUCAGGAGGACUUCACUUCCACCUCAUCUAGACUUCAGGAGGACUUCACUUCCACCUCCUCUAGACUUCAGGAGGACUUCACUUCCACCUCCUCUAGACAUCAGGAGGACUUCACUUCCACCUCCUCCUCUAGACUUCAGGACGACUUCACUUCCACCUCCUCUAGACUUCAGGAGGACUUCACUUCCACCUCCUCUAGACUUCAGGACGACUUCACUUCCACCUCCUCUAGACUUCAGGAGGACUUCACUUCCACCUCCUCUAGACUUCAGGACGACUUCACUUCCACCUCCUCUAGACAUCAGGAGGACUUCACUUCCACCUCCUCUAGACUUCAGGAGGACUUCACUUCCACCUCCUCUAGACAUCAGGAGGACUUCACUUCCACCUCCUCUAGACUUCAGGACGACUUCACUUCCACCUCCUCUAGACAUCAGGAGGACUUCACUUCCACCUCCUCUAGACUUCAGGAGGACUUCACUUCCACCUCCUCUAUACUUCAGGAGGACUUAACUUCCACCUCCUCUAGACUUCAGGAGGACUUCACUUCCACCUCCUCUAGACAUCAGGAGGACUUCACUUCCACCUCCUCUAGACUUCAGGACGACUUCACUUCCACCUCCUCUAGACAUCAGGAGGACUUCACUUCCACCUCCUCUAGACUUCAGGAGGACUUCACUUCCACCUCCUCUAGACUUCAGGAGGACUUCACUUCCACCUCCUCUAGACUUCAGGAGGACUUCACUUCCACCUCCUCUAGACUUCAGGAGGACUUCACUUCCACCUCCUCUAGACUUCAGGAGGACUUCACUUCCACCUCAUCUAGACUUCAGGAGGACUUCACUUCCACCUCAUCUAGACUUCAGGAGGACUUCACUUCCACCUCAUCUAGACUUCAGGAGGACUUCACUUCCACCUCCUCUAGACUUCAGGAGGACUUCACUUUCAUCAUACGGAUGCAGUACGGCAACAAGGCUUGCAACGCAAACAGGCUCCACGGAACAACGGGCUGCCCGGCAGAACAUACGGAUCCAAACGGAUACAACGAGCAACGGAUCAAAGGCCUGAACCGGAGCAAAGGCAAACAGGCUAACACGGAAUGCACGGAGGUAGCACGGUCGGGCCCAGGCGGAACGGUAUGCCCAGGAAUGAGGAUGGGUGCAGAGGACUAA